UCACAGAAAAUCCAUCGGCCUUCUUGGACAUCGCGAGAGCAACGCGAGAACUACACAAACGAAAGUACUUUCUAUACCGUAUCGAAAUACGGCUAGAAAAACUAUAAACAGACAGCACGGGAGCGCGACGCAGCUCGUGACACGUCGGUCGGUGUCCCGAGACGGACUGCUUUUACAAAGUAGCCAAAUUCGAGAACUAAUCAUUCCGAUCAUCUGAUUGGUCGAGAUCCUUAUAGGCGUUAACUCUUCCAUCUCCCUCGAGUCGUCCCUUUAAACCAAAUCGAGAGCAUUCCUUAGCGAAUCGGUAUGUAACUUUUGGAGAUCUUCCACGGCCGCUUCCCCAGGGCAUCGGGCGACAGCUGGGCACCACGUCCUUAACUCGGGUCAGGGCGUUCCUCCCCUACCCUUAACCGUAACAAAACCUGAUCUCCGCCAGCAUUGAACAAAACCAACCCUCUGCUCAUCUCCAGCGGGGCUCCGGUAUCUCGUCCGGGCUUCUGCCGGUCCAUGGAGACGUCUCCGUCGGGUACUCUCCUUUGCCGGGCAACUCGGUACGUCGAGACUAUAUCCCCACGGUAGUUUCGAGCACCUACCUCAACUAAAUAAUACGAAAUCGUCCAAGAGCAUUGGCGUAACUAUACGAAUCAACCCGAGAGCGCAGCUUCUGAGCAGGGUGGCGACCCGAAGGGAACCAGAAAUCGAGAGCAUUAUUUGUAUCGGUAGCCGGAGUCGCCUUGUGACCGUGAAUCGAAAAAUCACAUCACAAUAUAUAUGACGUUAUAGCAAUUACUGUAAAUAGUGUUAGCACAUCUGUUGUAAUUAAAUUGUAUAAAGAAAUGUUGACCAAUUUUAUUUUUAAUAUAGUUUUCAUCGCGUGCGUCUUUUCAUUCAGGGAGCUAACGUACGUGAGUAUUAGGAAUUUUGUUGAUAAAUUUUAGCACAAUGUUGCUACUGCUCUUAAUUGUUUACUAAUUAGGGACGACGCGAUUGCCUCUAUUAGUGCGAUUUUAUGGUAGUAUACUAAUUUUGAGUUUGGAAAAUUAUUGCACUCCAGUUUACUCUAUCGAGGUCUCAACAAUGACUAGUAUCGGGUUGUUCAUAGUGUUUGGAUUAAUUUUUGCGGUAUAUUCGUAUAUCCCAGUGAAAUUCGAUACCGUGUAUUUAAAUGAAAUGAUAUAUCCGAAAAAUUAUAAAUUACGAUUCAAUUUAACAGAUGCUGAUAAUUGUGAUUGGAGACCCUGUUUCUAUUCGGUUGAAGUUAAUAUCACGUUAUUUGUAAAGGUUAGAACUAAAUCGAUUUUACUUCACUGCGAGAAGGAUCUCGAGGUACAUGAGGAAAAAACUCGGUUAUUGAAGCAAUUCGACAAUGGUACCUUUGAAAAUUUAUUUAUUCUCAAUCACGAGAAAAUAACGCAAAAUAAUAUCUCGACUUUGCACAUUGAAAUUGACAUGUUCCGAGAGAGGCACGUCGCUAACUACACACUGAUGCUUUACUGCACGAGAAAAAUAGAAAAUCAUUACGGCAUCUUUUAUUCUGGAUCAGCAGACAAAAAUCACAGAAUCCUCGUGGCAACCUACAUGCUUCCAACUUUUGCACAACGUGUAUUUCCUUGCUUCGAUGAACUGAAAUGGCGCUCGACUUUUGAGAUUGAAGUAAUUCAUAAUAAAUCGUAUCGAGCCAUAGCCAAUACUGCUUUGCGAUAUCGUGAAAAUUUUUCUGAUCAAGCUGACAUAUCAAAAUUCAUAAAAACUGCACCUAUUAACCCUUCUCAACUAUUUUUUGCUGUCUUGUCUUACGUAACAUUGAACAAAACCAAGGAGAGGCCAUUUAACAUUUGGUACAGACCGAGCAUACCUUUUGACAAUGUUGAAUUGGUAGCGAAGUAUGCUGCAAUAUUUUUUAACAUCAUGACAACAGCAACCAAGAUAACAAAUAUAACCAGUGAAAAAAUGGAUAUUAUUAUUGGCGAUGGAUUGCACACGUCCAAGUGGUACAGUACAAGGGGUAUAAUAUUAUUUAGCGAAAGAAAUAUUUUAAUCGAUUCCAAAGAAUCUACGACCGUUGAUAAAUUUCACGCUAUAUCAAAUAUUGCAAAUGCUGUUGCCUUUCAAUGGAUUGGCGCUUUAAUUCGUCCAUAUCAUUGGAGUCAAUUUUGGAUAUACAAAGCCAUGGCUCAAUACGUUUCAUAUUUUUUGAUUGAUAAAAUCGAACCAUCAUGGAGGAUCUAUGAUCAACUAUUGGCACGCUCUUGUUUGAGGGCUAGAAAGGAAAGAGAAUAUUCAUCAACACCACCUUUGAGUUAUUAUUUAUUUGAUUCAUAUGAAAUAAUCUAUUUUCGCGAAGAUCUCAGCGUCAUUGAUUUAGGUGCAACUCUCAUAAGGAUGAUAGAUGAAACAAUUGAAUUUAGCGGAACUCUUAAAUUAUUAAAUAUUCAUUUAAAAAACUGGAUGAACGCUAGAUAUGGACCGACGAUUGCAGCUUUUUUGAGGAACAGAACAUCUCCCUAUGCUUCGUUAAUAGCAAGCGAUUGGAUUAACAAUCCUGGUAUUCCUGUUAUUCAUAUUUACGAACAUCCGGAUAAUUCGAAAAUAUCUUUGUUUCAGGAGCGGUUCUAUAUUUUCGGCACGUGGGCACGUUUAUUGUACAAAUGGUGGAUUCCGAUAAAAUGCUUCGAACAAUCAAACAAUACGUAUCUGCAUUUGUGGAUGAUUCCUACGGAAUCAGAAUACACCUUACCGAUACGAAUGAAAUCCUGUCUUCUCAAUACUACGACAUUCGCCGUAUAUCGUUUUAAUUAUCCCGCCGUAUGGUGGAAGUAUAUUUUCCAAGAAUUGACGAAAAAUCAUCGUUUUAUCAACGAAAUGCAAAAAAUGCGUAUAAUCGAUGAUUUGUUUCGCAUGGUCAUCGCUAAACAUCAACAGCCGCACUUACUCACUUACUUAUUUGAGUAUCUCGAAAACGAAGUUGAUUAUUUUCCGUGGCUCGCCGCGGCAAAAAUUUUCAAAUUUCUUCAAAGCAUUCUCAAAUUUGGAACAAGCGAGGAACGGAAGGAAUUAUUUCGGAUUGAAAUUGUACGUAUUACCAAUAAAAUGUACAAAAAAAUUGGAUUUGACCCAAACAAGGAUGAUAAUUACAUCACGAGGAUACAUCGAGGAUUGAUGAUGGAUAUUUCGUGUUCCUUUCGAUCUGAGGAUUGUCUGACGAUCAUGAAAAAGAAACUUCAUUGCUACAUAGCGUCAUCUACUAAAAGAUUUAAUCGUGAAAGGGAAAACUUUUCUAAUUUAUGCUUCUUUGAUGCUGACACACGGGUAAACACACUUUGCCAAGGCCUACGUCAUGCCAAUUAUGAAACUUGGUUAAAAGUUUUUGAAGUAUUAAAUGAUCCAAAUAUAUCUCCAGCUACCAAAUUGGUGAUCGAACGAUCCCUAGCUUGUACAGAAGACCCAAUUGUUCUUAACAGCUUUCUGGAAACACUCUUUGACGCUGAGCAUCCAAUAACGGAAAAUCUAUCAGUGUUACUUCUUAGGGCUGCAAGAAUGAAUGAAGAAAACGCCCAGAUAAUUUUACAAUACAUUAUCACGAAUUAUCAUGGAUUCAUCCAUAAUGUUGUUACCCCGCACGAAAUAGCAAUAAACAUUUAUAACAUUCUCAAGGAAGUUUACGAUUACCAUACAAUAGACCAAGUGUUUUUACCAUUUCUGGAAAACAACUCAGUAUCCUUUGACUUCUCACUGGUAUUAAAGAUGCAGGAAAUUGCGAGAACAAAUCUAAUAAUAAUCAACGAGGUUCGACCAAUCCUAGAAAAAUGGUUUGACGAAAGACUGGAAACAUGAAAAUCGAUUCACAAUAAAAUAUCAACAGCAAACAAAAAUUAUUUCCUACAAGUCACAGCACAUACAUAAGAGCGUCCCAUUACUUAAACCAUUACUGGUCCAUUGAUAGGUGCAGUAGACCAACAAGGGCCCAUCACUGGUCCAGUCCAAAACGUUUGUUGGGAUCCUAUAAUAAAAUAAAUUAAUUGACUCAUUAAAAAUAAAUAACAUGUAAUCGAUCAGCCCAACUAUAUUUACGAUCACCAACACUAUCGAUACCAUUAGAUAAAAGGACAGUUGGUAAUAGUCAUUCGAUUACCUUACCACAUCUACCUGUUAAUAAGAACGAAUAAAGAGACUUUAAAAAAUCCCAAUUGAUUAGGAAAUUAUUACUUCGAUGUCGUCUCAAUACUUUAAUAAUGUCUUAUAAAUUAUACGAACAUCACAUUACUAGCACAUCGAUAAUCCACAUGCCAUUAAACUACU